AUGUUCUUCGCCAUCCGUGUCGUGCAAGGUCGCAAGAAGUGGGACAUAAAGGUACGCACAAAUAAUCAAUGCAGACACCUUCAGGCCCCACUGAUGUAUCACCCAACCAACGAAGAAUUUAACUGCAUUCAACGGGCACACCAAAACUAGUAGUGUUUGGUUUGCAUCUUAGAUUUAUUGUAGUCUCGAAACCUUGCCAUUUUUCCUUAUGGGUCUGUUUGUUGGCGGUCUUCGAUGCCCCGUAAGCGUUUUCUGCGCUAAAACCUCAUCGUUUAGGUGGGCGCUGCAGUUGCUGGUUCCAUUUACCUAUUAGGAAGAUUUGUCUACUAUCGUGGGUAUACAAGUGGGAGUAAGUUGUCUUCCAAACAGUUCCGUUUUGUCCUUUUUUGAAUAUAGCUGCCUUACGUGUUUAUCCUUAGUGCCUUGACUCCUGCCCCGCAUCGCAGCGUGGCAAUAGCAGGUGGUCGGUAGUUUACAGCUGAGCUAUUAGAAGUUUAACAGGACCGUAGAAAUUUCCAUUUUGUUCGUUUUAGCAAGGGUAUUUUAUCUGGGAUGGCUAUGGUCGUGCCCGAUCUAGCCGACAUCAGUUCAAUACAGAAUAUUGGCGAUAACUUGACCUAGAGGGCGUUGCGGACUGCAUCUGCAUACGUGAUCUGCGCCGGCGGAUCUGCAUAACCGCAGCUACUUUGUCAACAGAGGGACGUGAUACCGAAAGUUCAGGAAACACCUACUGCUUGAAUGGACCGCGUUGAACCAGGCUCAAUGGGAACGCUUUAUUCACCGCCUGGGUUAAAGAAAACGACACUUAACUUAUGGAGCGUGCAGUGGGAGACCUCAAUCGUUUUUAUGUGAUGUCUGAAGACAUCCUAGUGACGUCUCAGCGAGUGCGGGCUGUUUCACUCGAAAGAAAAUUUAUGUACAUCACUCGAAGUAUGAUCAUCAGGUAAAGGUACUUUACAAUCCCCGAUUUGUAUCUGCCUUCAGGGUGCACAGCUGAGCAUUCAAAAGCGUACCUGUGAGCUGGGCUAAUGAAUGUCCUGUACCGAUGGAUCUUUUUGACGACAUGGAUAUUGCGACUCGUUCACAGACACUUUCUAAGACUUUCCGGAACUCGGUGAGCAGCAUCAAUCCAAAGGGCAUCGUCUUCCUUAUUCCGUCCGUCUGAAGGCAUCUUGUCUCCGAGACCCGUUAAUCUUUGGUGAUACCAUCCGGAAUGCAUCCCACAAACGCUGGUAUGCCCAGUGCUCUUGGAUGGGUCAAAAUAUUUAGCCAUCGCAUUUACCCUCGAAAGUACAUUCUGUAGAUCGUGGUAGUCUGAUGCUAUGAAGACUAUUGUCAGCAUGGUUGAGGUCAGGCAAGAGGCGUCUGCAUGUUAAUGGAUCAUGGUAGGUUCGCUGUGAGAGUCAAGUUAGUGACGUAUUCAAAUUAUACUAGCGAUCAUUUGCAACCUUGUCGAACGCUAGACUUAGUCUCGGACGGUUUCGAGAGAUUCCUAUGGGUCAGGGCUCGGGUUUAUCGCUUAGUUCCGUCAUUUGCACCGGAGACUCAAUGAGGGGAAUCUAACGCUGCUGCGAAGUGAUCAAGGUAGAUGGCUGUCGAUGGAUGGUAGACGUGACGAAGUUCAAAAGCGCGUUGUAGUGCGAGCAUUUGGUGCUCCACCCCACGUCUAGUUGAAAUCCAAGAUCGGUUGUGUCCCGUCCUCUAGUCAUGCACACUGAUAAUGUCAGUGGGGAUCUUUGUAUUAGUUAGAUUUCUGCCAGCUGCGCCUAUUCCGUCCCGUCAGAGGUAGAAUGACCUCUGUUUGCUUUAUCCACAGCUCCCAUGAAUCGCACCAAGGGCUCAUUCUCUCUCCUUCCCUUGGCCUUCCUCAUGCUGAUGAUGUCAGUCACUGGCGUCCAACAUCUCGUCGCAAGCAUCCGGUAAUUUUUCCUUUUUGAAAUGUUUCAUGCUGCCUCACUUCGAACAACAUGAUUUAGGUUUACUUUCAAGGUACGUGAGCUUUCGCGGACAUGUCCUUACGUUUUAGGGUAUUAGGGUCUCAUGUAUGAUUCUGUUGUGCCGUUUCACGAAUGUGAAUACCGAAACAAGAUACUGUAUAGUUCUUAUAACUAACGGCAUCUACUUAACAUGUCUGAGCCAGUCUUGAAGGUCGAGCAGGUGGUCCUUUGCACGACUUAAGUUCUCUCUGGAUGUUCAAGCUUGUAUGUACUUUCGGCCUUUAGAGCUGAUUUCUCCGGUCAACUUUUAAAUCAGUCUUUAGGGACCCACAAAAGUUCUAUGUUGACGACUGGUUUGCUACGUGCCGUUUGUUUGUACAGUCACACACCCUCUGCAAAGGAUUUUGCAGGUGGCAUCGCGUGUGCCGAAUUCGGGAUUUCCAUGCUCUGUCACAGAUUCCUUCGGCCGCCUUUUGGUUGUUGGCGGAGCGCCUGUAAACAGUUUUAAGAAGGACGUGCCGUUUUAGCAGUUUUGAGAUCAUAUAGGUUUGCUCGGCAGUUUUUGAGCUGUUCCUCCCACCUUUAGCUACUUAACUUACCCAGUACGCUGUACAUCAUUUAGUUUGUAGAAGAAAUAUCGGAAGGUGUGGAGGAUAGUGAGGUGGCUACUGCCCGACUGUCAGCCGUCAUCAGCCAUCUACACCCCAAACCCCACUCGCUAAGGCCUGGGACUCGAACGUGGGUGCAGUUUAUUAUCUGACAUUUGAUUCUGCUGAUGGGACCUGUCAUUGUGCGGACGCCGGUGAUUGUCCUAGAUCGGCGCUCUAAGACAAGGGAAAGACAAACUCUUCCCAGAAACCAGAUCUGUAAAGCAUCACUUCUACCCGUCUCUUUACCUUGCUACUUGGACGCAUUUCUAUGAUCAGAACCUUUUUCAUUCAUAUUUUGCUUUAUUUCUACACCCCAGCGCCGGCCCGUGCUGCCCAAUGUCUCGCUAA